UUUUAGAAAAUUAAAAAUGAAAAUGUCGAGCGCUUGGUAUAGUAUCUUAGAAAAAAUUCGACUUAAACUCCUCAACGCAAAGUCGCUAUCGCACGUUACGGACUCCUCCAAGUUCACAAUCACGCAGAAUCUGUUAAUCCGACCGAAUUUUGGCGAUGCAUUCAAAUCGUAUCUUGUGAAGAUGGCCGUAGCUAUUCUAUUUUCGCAAUACAAGCAACCACGUCGUUUAGUUUGUACUGUAAAAGCCGAAGAGCAAGCCAAAAAGGAAGCCGAACAGUCGCCCAAAUAUCACAAAAAGGAGUCGAAGCAGUGGUCACCGGACUCCGAGUUUAUGAAACAAUUUCAAGGCUGCUACAUUGGCGAUCAAGCGCCACGUUUUGCCCAUUGGAAAGGUCAAAUCCCCCUACCUGUAGAUCGUUCUUUUCGCACAAAGUUUAUCAACUUUGGACCGGCCCAUCCAGCUGCACACGGAGUCUUACGCAUGGUUCUGCAGCUGGACAACGAGACUGUACUGUCCGCCGAUCCACACAUCGGGCUGUUACAUCGCGGCACAGAGAAGCUUAUCGAACAUAAAACAUACACACAAAGUCUGCCCUACUUCGAUCGUCUGGACUACGUGUCCUGUAUGUCAAAUGAACUUUGCUAUUGUUUGGCUAUCGAGAAGUUGCUGGGGUUGCAAGUACCGAAGCGUGCGAAGUACAUACGCACAAUGUUUUCAGAAAUUAUGCGGCUAACCAAUCACACAGUCGCUUGUUCCACAGCCGUCUUGGAUUGCGGCGGCAUCACACCAUUAUUCUGGAUGUUUGAGGAACGCGAGAAAUUGUAUGAGUUUUGUGAGCGCGCCUCAGGUGCACGUUUGCAUUCCGCCUAUAUACGGCCAGGUGGUGUCGCCUUCGAUUUGCCGCUUGGCUUCUGCGAUGAUCUGUUUGACUUCAUUUGUCGCUUUAAACAUCGCAUCGACGAAUUUGAAGAUCUCAUCACAGACAAUCGCAUUUGGCGCAUGCGUAACAUCGGCAUUGGAUGCAUCUCAGCGCACGAUGCCAUGAACUAUGGCUGUUCGGGUGCAGUGUUGCGUGCUACAGGUGUGAAGUGGGAUUUGCGCAAGACGCAGCCAUACGACGCAUACCCGGAGGUUGAAUUCGAAGUACCUGUGGGUACUCAUGGAGACUGCUAUGACCGUUACUUGUGCCGCAUACGUGAGAUGCGCGAAGCUUGCGUUAUUAUCAAUCAGUGCCUUAAUCAGAUGCCGGCUGGCGAGAUAAAAGCGGACGACUAUAAGGUAUGUCCGCCGCGGAGAAUCGUUAUGAAACAGGGCAUGGAGGAGUUGAUACAUCACUUCAAAUUUUUCACGCAAGGGUUUGCAAUGCCACCGGGACAGACUUAUACAGCUGUCGAAUCGCCAAAGGGAGAAUUUGGUGUGUAUUUGGUGUCGGACGGUACAGCGAAGCCGUAUCGCUGUAAAAUUCGUGCUGCCAGUUACCCACAUCUGGCUCUAAUGAAUAAAUUGACCUUCAAGCAUUUGCUGGCCGAUGCCGUUGCCAUUAUUGGUUCGCUAGAUAUAGUCUUUGGCGAAAUUGAUCGUUAAAUGAAGGUGAAGAGCAGGGAAUAAAUGUUGCCGAACUGGAGGUGGAAAACUAAAAAGCUUGCGAGGUGGAAAAAUAAGCUUGAAAUAGCAGCAAAGCAACAGCCAAAUAGAUACCUGAGAAUUUCAAAUUAAUGGCACAAGAACAACUUAACCAGAAUGAUUACAUACAAAUAAAAUUAUUUACAAAAUUCAAAGAUCUCUUAUCUACUCGAAAGAUGUGGGUACAAAAUUUACUAAUUUGAUUCAAGACUAUGUCGGCGUAGCCGA